CAAGAGUCUACCGAGCAGUGGGAAACCAGCCAAGCAGAAGUUCUACUCUAUAACGCAUCGCUUAAGCUCUCCUCGGCAAAUACUCAAAAAAGAAUUAGAAGAAAGUCUCACAAACGAGAGCAGAUUUCGAAGCGCCCCUGUACUACCAUAACUCAACAUCCAGCUACCGAAGUUGGAAGUCCCACCAUUCGAUGGAUACACAGUACUCGAAAUGAGGUACCUACUGCUAAAGUCCAUUUAAAAAGCAUGUUAUCAGGAAGAGCAAAAGACUUAGUCGCGUUUGUCCAGAAACCAACGUCAUACAUUCUGGCAACAUGGAUCGACUCCAUUAAUGACGACGAAUACGUCCAAAACUUCCUCGAAGGACAAGUGAAAAGUUGGAGAAAUGGGAAAAAGGAACGGCAACUGGACUACAGGAGAACUACUUGA